AUGAGUGCACAUUGUUCCUCCUUCUUUUCCUCUCGCAGCCACACAGCAAACCCACGAGCUGUCUCAUUAUCACUCCGACCGGCACCAUGGGAUCCCACCAAAGUCCUAGUUCAUCCUGCAGGGUAUCCAAUUGAGGCUCCGCCCUCGUACUCGGUCUUGAUCUGCAAGGAGAAAGCUCCCAAUGUGGUUGUACUUCGUGGCUGGGGUGCAGGUCCAUGGGACAUGGUUGGCGACGCUCGGCUUCCAAGUCUAUCAUCAAAAUCACACCUGACGCUACAUGGCCAGUCAAUAGACAUGCGGCUCAGCCAGAUGUCGGGCCAUUUCAGCCUUCAGACCUCUUUCACGGGACGAUUGAAAUGGAAGACAAAUAUGUUGAGCGGGAGAAUACUAGAGUUACACGAUACCUCUGGUACAAAGAUUGCGACUAUUCAGCCGAGCAAAACAUCGGGAGAAAAGGAGCUGGAGAUCUACGUUCCCCAUGACGGCCAAUUCUUGGAGUUAGUGCUGCUAUCUGGAAUGACGGCCAAAGCUAUGACUAAAGCCGAGAACGAGGCAGCCGUUGAGGUUCUGGGUUCUAUCCUCGGGGCAUGA